UCAGCGGGUGCGCGCCUGGGUCCAAGAUGGCUACAGGAGACAAUAGCGGUCGGGUUCCGUGUUUAAAUUUCUCGGUGCCCGGACCUUUGGGUAACAGUCAACCGAGCAACAGCCCUUUCGCCUUAGCGGCGAGUCACGGAGGAUCGGUCGGGGGCGGUGGAGGCUCUCAGGGGGUAACGAGACGCUCAAAUCCUCAACCGGGGCCUCAGGCCCUGGAAAGCCCCGGUGUCGCGUCGGGACCUCCACCGAACUUGAUGAACGCUGUCCCGGCUGCCGCGGCAGUGGUGGGCCCGCUGGCUCCGGCCGCUUCAAACAUGACAGGGAGCCCGUCUAACGCAGCGAUGACACCGGCGGCCGCCACACACUCGGCCCUGUCCGCUCCACCAGCCGCUGCCGCCGUGCUUGUGUACAGGGAGCCUGUUUAUAACUGGCAGGCGACGAAAAGCACCGUGAAAGAGAGAUUUGCGUUUCUGUUCAAUAAUGAAGUACUGAGUGACGUUCACUUUCUAGUGGGUAAAGGAAUGGGAGUCCAGCGGAUACCUGCGCACAGGUUUGUUCUGGCGGUUGGCAGUGCAGUAUUUGAUGCCAUGUUCAAUGGAGGAAUGGCCACCACGUCCACAGAGAUCGAGCUCCCGGAUGUAGAACCUGCUGCAUUCCUUUCAUUGCUCAAAUUCCUGUACUCUGAUGAAGUUCAUAUCGGACCCGAGACGGUGAUGACGACUCUCUACACGGCUAAAAAAUACGCCGUUCCGGCUCUAGAGGCGCAUUGUGUGGAGUUUCUGAAGAAGAACCUACGAGCGGAUAACGCGUUCAUGCUGCUUACACAGGCGAGGCUGUUUGAUGAGCCGCAGUUGGCCAGUCUGUGUCUGGAGAACAUCGAUAAAAACACAGGAGACGCUCUGGCUGCAGAAGGAUUCACUGAUAUUGAUCUGGAUACGCUGGUGGCGGUGCUGGAGAGAGAUACUCUGGGUGUGCGAGAGGUUCAUCUGUUCGGAGCCGCAGUCCGCUGGGCAGAAGCUGAAGCUCACCGACAGCAGCUUCAGCCCACGCCGGAGAACAAGAGACGAGUGCUGGGAAAAGCCCUCAGUCUCAUCCGCUUCCCUCUCAUGACCAUUGAGGAGUUCGCUGCAGGUCCUGCUCAGUCAGCCAUUCUGACAGACAGGGAGGUUGUGAGUUUAUUCCUGCACUUCACGGUGAACCCUAAGCCGCGUGUGGAGUUUAUCGACCGCCCACGUUGCUGUCUGCGGGGCAAAGAAUGCAGCAUCACACGCUUCGGGCAGGUGGAGAGUCGCUGGGGCUACAGCGGGACCAGCGACCGCAUCCGGUUCUCUGUCAGCCGCAGGAUAUUUAUUGUGGGCUUUGGGCUUUAUGGAUCCAUACACGGACCUACAGACUAUCAGGUCAACAUACAGAUCAUUCACACUGACAGUAACACUGUUCUGGGUCAGAACGACACGGGUUUCAGCUGUGACGGGUCUGCAAACACAUUCAGAGUCAUGUUUAAGGAGCCAGUGGAGGUUCUGCCCAACGUCAACUACACCGCCUGUGCCACAUUAAAGGGUCCAGACUCGCACUACGGCACUAAAGGAAUGAGGAAAGUCACUCACGAGUCUUCAGGCUCCGGCACCAAAACCUGCUUCACUUUCUGCUACGCCGCCGGGAACAACAACGGCACGUCAGUGGAGGACGGACAGAUCCCAGAAGUCAUCUUUUACACGUAGUCUGAGCUCACGUCUGUCUCCAUUCGCACAUUUACUAUUGCACUCGACCGUAACGCUGUAGCAAUUCAGAGAAAAACAGACAGUAAAUAACCUCUCGCUAUUGGACACGGGUUUCUGCGCAGAAGUAGUGCUCUAAAACAAUAAUUCACAUUAAUUGCGUACAAAAUUAAAAGUUUGCAUUUAUAAGUGCUGGGCAAAGACUGGGUGCAUCCAAAAUAAAAGUUUGUUUUGACGGAAUUUAAGUGUAUUUAUAUAUAAAUACACACAUGCAUACUUAUAUUUGAGAAAAUGUUUAUUUCUGUUUAUUAAUUUGUGUGUGUGAUCGAAUUAUUAUAUAUAUAUUUAAAUAUCUAAAUAACAAAAUAGUUUUGUAUAGUUUUAUUUCUAUCACGUAUACAU